AAGCUCGGGUUUUCGCUGAGGAAACGGUGGGAUGUGGGCUUUGCUGGCCUUGAUUGGGUUGUGGCAAAUGCAGUGGGUUGAAACUUGGGAAGAUGAAGCCAGAUUUAGACUGACUUGUCCAGAUGCCUCAUACUGGCACUAUUGGAAUGGGACUUGUUAUUGUCUAGAAGAAAAUCAAGAGGGGACUUGGACUGAAGCAUUAAAGUUUUGCAAGAGAUAUACAUCUACAGAGUUAGUGACGUUUAACAGUGUUCAGGAAAAAAACUGGAUUUUAGAUUUACCUUUGGACAACUUUUGGAUUGGAUUGAAUAAUUUGGAAGAAACUCAAAGCUUUUCGUGGUCAGAAGGCACACGAGCAAAUGCAACUUCUUGGUUUCAGCUAUCAAAUCCAGUUCAGCCAAAUACUUGUGUGAAAGUUUCCAAACACAGCUUGGUUGCUGUCAAUUGUGAUACGAAAGCCCAUUGGAUUUGUCAACGAUCUGCAGUUGCUGAGAGAUAUCAAGAACAUAAAGGAAAGGUGCUUUUAUCACCAAAAGGUUCUAUGUCUCAAGUCCACACAGAUUUGAUUUCUGCAAAAAUAGCAUGUUUGGAGCUUAGAGAGCAGUGUACAGGAAUAACAACCUGGAAUAAUGCCUAUGCACUUGCCAGAGGAAGAGUUUUGCUAAAAAGCAAGGAAAAACAGUCUGUAGCAUAUGUCAAAUCAGAUUGUUCCUUGGGUUACUUUGGAAUAAACUGUUCCUCUGUUUGCAAUAGAUGCUAUGGUGAUGAAUUGUGUAAUCCCUAUACAGGAGAUUGUGAUAUUUUCCAUUCUUGCAGAUCUCAAGAUUCUCCUGCUGUUUGUGAACAAGCUUUGAACAGUGUAUGGUGCCCUCAGUUUUCUGGCUGGAGAUACUGGGAGAAUAACUGCUAUUAUUUUAGUGCUGAAAAGGCAGCCAAUUGGACACUUGCUCGUAAGCAGUGUAGAAGAUUCAGAAGUACAGACUUGAUUUGGAUCGACAAGAAAAAUGAAAUGGAUUGGAUAUCAUCUGCAGUGUCACGUGAGAUUUUGUGGACUGGAUUAAAUAGUAGGAAGAAAACAGCUAUAUGGGUUUGGUCAGAUUCAAGAUCGGCAGCUAAAGAAAUACGGUGGUUAAAAUUGGAAGGGAAUCCUUCUGGAAGAUGUGUAGGUUUAUAUCCUGCUAAUAAAACAGCCCUAAAGAUACAUUGUUCUGAAGACCAUAGGUGGAUUUGUAAGAGAAAGGAAAGGGUAGAUCUUUUUGAUCUCUACACUGAUAACUUUCUGUCAGGACCAUUAGACCCAACAAUUUAUACAACUCUUUCCACUGCUGUAGUAGACUGCUUAAGUGAUUCCAACUGCUCAGGGAUAGUGCAAGAUAGCCGAUUCUUUAGAAGAACAAGAGGUAUAGAUGAAAUUGCUGCAUCUGAUGAAAAUGUAUUUACAUAUAAAAGACGAGAAUGUUCCCUUGGUUACUAUGGCAAUAACUGUGGCUUUCUUUGUAAGAAAUGCUAUGGAGGAUUCAGAUGUAAUUCAAUAACUGGAAAAUGCCCAGAAAGAUUGUACUGCCAUGGUCAAUUCAAAGGUGAAAUGUGUGAAUUAGGCCUCAAAAGUCCAAAAUGUCCCUAUAAUGCACCAUGGUGGUAUUUUGAUGGACAUUGCUAUUAUUUUGAAAAGGAAAAAAAAGGUGACUUUGCUUGGGCAGAAAAACGAUGUUCCUACUACAAGGAUUCAUAUCUUGUCUGGAUUUCAAAUGAAAAAGAAAAGACAUGGCUUGAUGCUAUGUUGGAAAAGGGGAGCUGGAUUGGUUUGCGACAGAAGGAAUUUAAAUGGGAAUUCAUUCAUAAGGUUGGAACAGUUCCUUUGUCAAGUUAUACCUGGCUUUGGGAUUUCCCUUCAACGAAAAAUAGAUGUGCUAUGAUGAUGAAAGGAAGAGGCCUUCAAGCAUUGCAAUGUACUGAACAGCAUUCCUACAUAUGUAAAAUACAAAUAGGUGCUCUUACUAAAUGUUUUACUGAGUACCCUGGGAAAAUAAUGCUGAGUCCUUAUGGUCUGGCUGAAUAUCAAGAACUUGAAGAUGCAAGAUACCAUUGUAUAAUAAAUGUGAAUUGUACUGGAAUAAGUAGCUGGCCACGUGAACAUUUUCCUGUCACAGGAACAGAAAUGGUGGAGGCUUCAGAUAAUCACGUAGUUUACUUAAAAACAAGUUGCAAAGUAGGACGUUAUGGAUAUGCAUGUGAAGAAGAAUGUACAGAAUGCAGAAAUUCCUCACUUUGUAACAUGAUAACUGGCUUUUGUGAUGAGAAUACCACCUGCGUAGAUAAGAAUUCUCUAGAGAGUUGUUCCGGGUCCUCUAUCAGUGAGAGAUGCCCAGAUAUGACUAAAUGGCGCUACUGGAAUAGAUACUGUUAUUAUUUUGUAAGUUCUUUUGAUACAUGGGAACAGGCAAAUUCUUCCUGCAGUCGGUUUAGAGCUUCUGAACUUCUAUGGAUUGAAGACGAAGAUGAUUUGAAAUGGUUGAAAAUGUUUAUCAUACAGCCAAUAUGGGUAGGAUUGCAAGAAUUAAAUCAUGAUGGAAUCUGGGCUUGGUCUCAUGAAGAUAGUGCACAACAUUCAUUGAAAUGGAUGAAUCUUCACCUAAGCCUUAGGUGGAAAGGAUGUGUAGAACUUUCACAUGGAGGUGAUUUCAGUGCAGAUCACUGUUAUGAAAAGAAAAAGUCAGCAUGCAAAAGACCAGCUGAACGAGACCUUGAUAUAUUUUCCGGCUUUUGGGAUUCUGUGGUAAUCUCAACAACAUUAAGUUUAUCAGCCAAUUCUUCUUACAAUGAUUCAAAGGAUGAAUGUAUUAAAGACCCUGGUUGUCCUGGCUAUGGCUUAUGGCAAAAUGGAUAUUUCCAAUUAAAUGGCUAUACCUUGGUUGGUGGAGGGUUUGGCCCAAGUGUACUGUUUUUAAAAUCAGUAUGUGAUCAUGGAUAUUAUGGAGAAGACUGUAAUUUUAAUUGCCCAAGUUGCCAUUGGGGGAAGUUAUGCCACCCUGUAAGUGGAACAUGUGAGAAACCCAUUAUUUGUGCUGCACCAGAAAGUGUAGGCACAUGUUCUUUGGGUUUAUACAGCUUAAAAUGUUCCCUGGGCGCUGGCUGGUGGUAUUGGCGAGGAACAUGUUAUUGGAUAGAAAAAGAUAAAAAAGUGACGUGGGAAGAAGCUUUGCUGUUGUGUAGUCAUUUUAAAAACACUAGUCUACUUCAACUGGAUAGUCGUAGGGAAAAGGUGUGGCUUCAAGAGAUGAUAAAUCAACCAAUGUGGGUAGGACUGAAAUGGCAUGAAGAAAUAAUGGAGUGGCUAUGGGGAGAUGGGACAUCAACAAAUACUAGUAGAAAAUGGUUACAGAUACAAGGAAACAAGCUUGGUAGCUGUGGCACACUUAUCCAAAGAUCAUUAGCACUGCGAUCUGCAAAAUGCAAUGUCAAGCUCAACUUCAUAUGUAAAAGAAAUGAAGAUGUGAAUAUAUUUGAGAAAUAUGAAGGCCACAUAAUACCACAAAGGGAAAUGGUACUGCCUAAGAGUUUCCUUAAUUUGCAAUCCGCUGAGGAAGAAUGCAUUUUUGAAAGAACUAUUUGUACUGGUGUAGUCUUCUCAAAGAAGCACUACCAUGUGGUCAGUGGAACAGAGAUAUUCAAAAGUCUUAAGGCAAAGGAUAUAUUAUACUUGAAGUCUGUUUGUAGUGCUGGAUUUUAUGGCACAAGCUGUCAAUCCAAAUGCCCAAAGUGUAAAGAUGACCUUCCCUGCAAUCCUAUCACUGGCAAAUGUAUAGCUCCUACUCUAACAAAAUGUGGCUUAGACUCACCAGAUCCAAAAUGUAUUAUUCCAGUUUUCACAGGCAUAUGUCCAAAACUACCCCAGUGGUAUUAUUUUUCCAAAGCAUGUUAUUAUGUGGAAAACAUUGAAAAAGAUACAUGGGAUAAUGCAAGGAUUGCUUGCCAAGGAUUUAAGAAAACAGACUUAGUUAAAAUUACAAACAGCCGUGAAAAGAUGUGGGUACAAUAUAAAGGAGAUGACAGCUGGGUUGGUUUCAUCUUCUACAAGCGAACCUCUCAGUAUCUUUGGGUUGAUAAUUCAUCUUCAGUUUUUCAAAAUGCAUGGGUGAUUAGGCGAAAUAGAAGAUACAUACCCUCUUAUUAUGACUGUGGAGUUGCUUUCAAAGAUUAUCUUUCUGUGGUAGAUUGUUCCCAUCACAGAAAAUGGAUCUGCAAAAGAGAAGAAGUUGUUGAUCUCUUUACGGAACAUGAUGGAAGAGCAUUUUAUUUUCCUGAUGGAGAAACGUCUAAGUAUUCUUCCUUGACUGAAGCUAAGCAGGCCUGUUUAGCCUGGGAAACAUGUACUGGAGUGACACAUUUUGAAAAAUAUUUCCUCCUGCACAAAAGUAUAGACCUAUAUAAUACUAGAGACAAAACAGUCAGAACCUCGAUCAAAUCAAUUUGUUCUGCUGGAAGAUAUGGGGAGACAUGUGAGCGUGUGUGUCCCAAGUGUGAUGAUGAUGUACCAUGUAACCCACAUACCGGGUUGUGUAGUGAUAGCGUGUUCUGCAGCAAAAAUGAUCAUUCAUUCACUUGCAAAACAGGAACCUUGAUUGGUGGAAGGUGUCCUGUUGAAGAUAAUUGGCUAUAUUGGCGUGGCAGCUGUUACUACAUCCAUAAAGGAGAAAAUAAAAAAUGGCGACAGGCAAGAUAUAUGUGCAGGCAGUAUAGCAAUACAGACCUUCUCUGGAUAACCAGUAAAGCUGAAAAGAAAUUCCUUCUAUCUAUAUUGCCCAGUGGAACUUAUUGGAUUGGUCUUAAUGGGAUUAAAUUUUGUACCCAUGUGCGAUGGUCAUACACUGAUGUUUCAGAUUUAGAUAUAGAAUGGUUAUAUAAGAAUUCAUGGUCAAUCUUUUGGAAGUGCUGUGUAUAUCUCACCGUUCCUAAAGGUUCACUGAUAGGAACUGGAUGCAUCUGGAACAAUUUAUGGAUUUGCAAAAGAAGAGAAGAAGAAACAAAGGAUUUUCGUAAAUUUGAUGGCUAUUUUCUUGGCUUUACCAAAGACAGUAAAUUAGUCAACUACACAUCAUUAAGUGAAGCCUUUCAACAUUGUAGAACUGAAGGAAAACAUUGUACCGGAAUUCAGAGAAUAAGAACUAUUUAUAUAACAUUACUUGCAAAACGAUUGGUGCUUAUCAUUGGUAACGAUGCAACUCUCUAUACAGCGUAUUUGAAAAGUGCAUGUGCACUGCGUUAUUAUGGUGCAGAGUGUGGCAUGGCUUGCAGUUGCAAUGGAAGUGAAAGUUGCAAUCCAUUAAAUGGAGAGUGUGCAGAAAAUGAGCAGUGUAAUGAAAACCACAUAAAAAACUAUUGUCAACAAGAUGUAAUUCAUCUUAAAUGUCCACAAGAUCGUGGAUGGUGGUAUUGGAAUAACAGCUGUUAUUAUAUAGAACCAGCAAAACUCUUGACAUGGGAAGAAGCAAAAAAAUUCUGCAUGGCUUAUCAUGAAACUAAACUACUACCAAAUCCAAGUGAUGAGGAAAAGGUGUGGCUAAUUACUAUGUUAAAGAAUGAUACAUGGAUUGAGUCUAAAAGGAGAAAAAUGGAUAUGACAAAUAGUAAAGAUUCCUAUAAACAAGUUCUUUCCACCUGCACCCGAAUGAAACAGAAAGGUACUUUUGAAACUGUUACUUGUUCAUCCUUGGCCAGCUGGGUUUGUAAAAGAAGCGUAGAUGCCAACAUGUUUUGGGAAUACUCUAAAAAAAUACUUCUCUUUCCAUUGAGCAAAAGAACCUAUAAAAAUAAGGAAUAUGCAAUGUCAGCCUGUCUUUUAGAAAAAGAAUGCACUGGAAUUAGUUAUUGGAAAAAGAGAUAUCGACCAGUCAGUGGUAAAGAACUGGUUUCAACUAAAUCAAAAGGGGAUACUGCAUACAUAAAAACGGCCUGUAGUGAAGGACAUUAUGGAGACUAUUGUCAGAAAAUAUGUCCUGAAUGCCCAGCAGAUAGACCAUGCAACCGAUUAACAGGAGAAUGUGCUGAUGAAUUGACAUGUGCAGAAAAAAAGAAUAUGCAUCUCUGUAAAUUCAAACUGAAAAGCAAGUUUUGUUACCAUUCCUGGAUAUACUUCAAUAAACACUGUUAUUAUAUUCCUAAAUUUGGGGUGAUCAGUAAAGAUGACGCAGAAUAUAUGUGCGGGCAAUUUAAAGGAGCCGAACUGAUAAGCUUGGCUACCAUUCAAGAAAAGAAUUGGCUUGCUAAAAUAAUCACUGAAAAAAUUUGGCUUAAUUCAGUUGGCCCAGCUUUCUUCCCUAAAAGAAUGCUGUCAACAAUGGAAAAAAAGAUAACAGAAAGGGUUAUAACAGACACUGAGCAGCUGUGCCUUCAGAUGCUGCCUGGAGAAGGUCAUUUGGUGGCAGUUCCCUGUUCCUAUAAUGCUUCAUGGAUCUGCAAAACCCCUUUAGCUUCUACACAAGUAGAUGCUCCAGAAAAAUGGUGGAUGUCAUUGGUCACAUCCACUAUAGCAACCAUUAUUGUAUUGAUUGUGACUGUGUUUGUAACAUUUAAAUAUGGAGUCUGAAUUUCAUACAUUACAGACGAAGUGAAUCCCGCACUGCUUUAGUGAGAUGUCAAGAGCAGAAACUUGUGGAAAUAUAUUUUCAUCUAAAAAAAAGGGCAAAAUCUAAUGUGGAUAGUUGAUAGACUAAUUUAUUGAGUUUUUAUUGUUAUAUUAUUAAAUAUUUGUGAAUGGGUGGAUAAAGUUUUGUCACAGAAAUAGAAGAAAAAAUGCUAAAGAUUAAACAAUUGUUCAUCUGUUUUAAUAAACUUUGGAAAAUAACAGCA